GAGAGGCUGAGUGCAAAUGAUAUGAGCAACGUCCCUAGUUUUCUCCUAAAUCUUAUUAGCCCCGCCUCCCACAGUAGUUUCACUUCUCAAUUUAAUCCAGUCUGAGUUAACUUCCUGACCCAGGAAGUGGCAGCUACAGAAGGGACCAGCAGCGAAUAUACUUUACACCAAAUCUCAGAAGAUUCAGAACUUAGGUGAGUGGGGCCCAGGACAGGAACCCUGGAGCCUUGGAAGCAGGGGAGCCCCUUCUCCCCAGGAGCGCAGUGACCCUAGCAGAGAGGGGCCUGGUGUAUCACUGGAGGAAGUAGCCCGCCAAGGACCAGACGUCAUCAGAAGAAAUUCUGUGUGGCUUCAAGAGACUGAUCUGGUUGUGACAGGAAAUCAGCCUACACGAGCCAAUAUUGGAGCUUUUCAAUAAAAGCUAUGGCCUCAACCACCAGCACCAAGAAGAUGAUGGAGGAAGCCACCUGCUCCAUCUGCCUGAGCCUGAUGACGAAUCCAGUAAGCAUUAACUGUGGACACAGCUACUGCCACUUGUGUAUAACGGACUUCUUUAAAAACCCAAGCCAAAAGCGACUGAGGCAGGAGACAUUCUGCUGUCCCCAGUGUCGGGCUCCAUUUCACAUGGAUAGUGUCCGACCGAACAAGCAGCUGGGAAGCCUCAUUGAAGCCCUCAAAGAGAUGGAUCAAGAGAUGUCAUGUGAGGAACACGGAGAGCAGCUCCACCUGUUCUGCGAGGACGAGGGGCAGCUCAUCUGCUGGCGCUGUGAGCGGGCACCGCAGCACAAAGGGCACACCACAGCUCUUGUUGAAGAUGUAUGCCAGGGCUACAAGGAAAAGCUCCAGAAAGCUGUGACAAAAUUGAGGCAACUUGAAGACAGAUGUACGGAGCAGAGGCUGUCCACAGCAAUACGAAUAACUAAAUGGAAAGAGAUGGUACAGAUUCAGAGACAAAAAAUCCAGUCUGACUUUAAGAAUCUCCAGUGUUUCCUAUAUGAGGAAGAGAAGUCUUAUCUAUGGAGACUGGAGAAAGAAGAACAACAGACUCUGAGUAGACUGAGGGACUAUGAGGUUGGCCUGGGGCUGAAGAGCAAUGAACUCAAGAGCCAUAUUCAGGAACUGGAGGAAAAAUGUCAGGGCUCAGCCCAGAAAUUGCUGCAGAAUGUGAAUGACACUUUGAGCAGGAGUUGGGCUGUGAAGCUGGAAACAUCAGAGGCCGUCUCCUUGGAACUUCAUACUAUGUGCAAUGUUUCCGAGCUUUACUUUGAUGUGAAGAAAAUGUUAAGCAGUCAUCGAGUUAAUGUGACUCUGGAUCCAGAUACAGCUCAUCAUGAACUAAUUCUCUCUGAGGAUCGGAGACAAGUGACUCGUGGAUACACUCAGGAGAAUCAGGACAUAUCUUCCAGGAGAUUUACUGCCUUCCCCUGUGUCUUGGGUUCUGAAGGCUUCACCUCAGGGAGAUGCUACUUUGAAGUGGAUGUUGGCGAAGGAACUGGGUGGGAUUUAGGAGUUUGUAUGGAAAAUGUGCAGAGGGGCCCUGGCAUGAAGCAAGAGCCUCAGUCUGGAUUCUGGACCCUCAGGCUGUGCAGAAAGAAAGGCUAUGUAGCACUUACUUCUCCCCCAACUUUCCUUUAUCUGCAUGAGCAGCCCCUGCUUGUGGGAGUUUUUCUGGACUAUGAGGCAGGAGUUGUAUCCUUUUACAAUGGCACUACUGGCUGCCACAUCUUUACCUUCCCAAAGGCUUCCUUCUCUGAUACUCUCCGGCCCUAUUUCCAGGUUUAUCAAUAUUCUCCUUUGUUUCUGCCUCUCCCCGAUGACUAAGGAAAAGAGCAGAAGCUCCUUGGUUUAACCAGCACAGAGAAAAUAAUAUAAAUCCCAUAAGGGCAGACGUUUGGUCUGUUUUCUUCGCUGUCACUUCCUUAGUACUUAGAACAGUGCUGGGAUUUUAGUGGAUAUAUAAUUGAUUUAUGUUGAAUAUAUGGACUUAGAAACUAAAAAUACCACAGAUGGUUAACCUGGACUGGGGCAAAGCAAGAUAAUAGCGAUGAUCAUACAUUGCUGUCUCCAUCUGUCUUUAAUGGGUCAGGGCUUUGAUUUCCAAGGGUCUUCAGGUGAUGAGUAGUGGUACCCACAGGUCAGAAGGUCUGCGUUCUCCUAAUUUGUUUGCUGCCAUUUGAACUCGUGGGGAAUGAAAGAAAGCUGCAAUUAUCCGCCAACUGCAUUUAAAACCAAACCAAACAAAACAGGAAAAUCAAAAUAACGUUGACUCUUCCAACCACUGACGUGUUGUUUAAUAAUUUAAGCAGCAGUCCUGGAGGCUACCAGACUUACCGAGUUCUACCUGAGAAAUAGCCAAGCAAAGUGUGAGAGAAGGGUUAAGAAUGGCUUACAAUGAGAUGCUUCAGAUGAAAAGGGAAUUAUGAGUAAAACUGAACUUGGAAGGGGGAUUCAGUUCUGGAAAAGAAGUUGGUAUUUUCCAGUCUGCUAGGACCAGUUACCUUGAAAUAUUUUAAAAUCUCAGUAAAUAGUUAUUGCUGAAAUGACUGUUCGUAAUUCUUACUAUGAUUCAGAGAAGAUCAAAUAGACCUUAACUUCAUUUUGAAAAAGACCAAAUUACCAUACCUGAGUGGGUAAUGACAGGACUACAACUAAAACAUAAACAACAUUAAUGAUGACCAUAAAAAGUCACAAAAUUGCUAAAUGUUAUAAUUUAGAGUUGAUAUAAAAAUUGAUGGCCAGGCAUGGUGGCUCACGCCUGUAAUCCCAGGACUACAGGAGGCUGAGGCACGGGUAUCACUUGAGGUCAGGAGUUCAAGACCAGCCUGGCCAACAUGGUGAAACCCCCGUCUUUACUAAAAAUACAAAAAUUAUCCAGGCACGGUGGCAGUCGCCCGUAAUCCCAGCUACUUGGGAGGCUGACGGAGGAGAAUUGCUUGAGCCUGGGAGGCAGCGGUUGCAGUAAGCCAAGAUAGUGCUGUGCCUCAAGGAAAAAAAAAAAAAUAAUGUUUAUUGAUAUUUGUUGAGGUCCUAUGACAUCACCUCUGAGAAUAGGAGAAAUGAAGCAACAGUUGUGUCUAGAUGUCAGAGGCAUGGCUGGGCCUCCAUCUCUGCCUAAGGGAAGACAUAAAAGAGUUCAGACUAUUGCCCAUGUUCCCCAGGGUCAGAAGUUCUAAUGAUGAUGAUAGAGGCUGGGUUGUAACUCGCAAGUGAAGGGUAGCAGAAUAUGCCAUCUUUGGCGUAAGUAUUUUGAGCUGAAGACAAUUGAGAAAAAAAUAGAUUAAAAACAAACAAACAAACAAACACCUCUGCACUCUCCCUACUUGCCUAAAAGUAGGAUAUGAAAUUGUGAAGGCAUCCUCCUACUCCAGGAAGAACAAAGGUUAGUCACCAGAGACUUUAGACUCUUAUCAGCCUGGACAUAGUACUGGAGAAGUCUUAUUUUUUUUUUUAAAAAAAAAAAAAAAGGAAAGAAAAAAUUGCCUUCCCAUAGUUGAUUGCGCUAGUAACUCAAAGUCCUUUUCCUCUUCCUUGUCACUUAAAAAAUGUAUUGUUUUGUUAAAAUGCUAUAUAGGCCCAAGUUCUAAAUCCUCCUUUGAGUAUUCAUCUCAGUACUCCCCUGUGUUUGUGCAAUGCACAUGUUAAUAAACUUCUCUUUGUUUCUGUCUUGUCAAACUGUCUUUUGUUAGACUACUUUAUAGGGCCACAGAUGGAGAACCUAAGAUGAAUAGAAAAAAAGAUUUUUCUCCCCAACAGAAGGAUUAUCCCCCAGUCUUACUUGUUCUAUAUCCCUGUAGUCUGAGUAUGCUGACUCAGACUUGGGGAAUAGGACCCAGUGGGUAACCAAGGAACCCCACCUUUGUGCAGGAUCAGUGAAGAUGUAAUCUGGAUAUUCAUAAGCUCUUCUCUACCUCUUGGCGUCCCACAGUCCUGUGUUAUCUAAGUGUGGUCUUCCCCAGAAAGGGGAGGCUUCCCUAACAUUGUCAAAGCCUAGCAUAUGCUGCUCAGAGGAAAUUCUGUGUCACUAAGCACUUAGAUUGCUGAAUAAGAAAGGAUGAUAACAAAAUAAACAUUUAAUUAAAUAAAUGUUUUAAAAAAUAAACCUGUGGGAACCAUAAAGAAGGCCAGAAUAAAGAUAAAAUUGGACAAAUUGGACAUUAAUUGGGGUGCAGGAAAGCUAUGGAAAGAAUAUAAGUCCUGCUAGAUAAAUCAUUAGCUAUUCUAAUAAAGAAUACAGAAAAAAAUAGGAACAAAAGAAUAUAUACUGGAAUAAUUUUGAGAGUAAUUUGAAGAAUUAGAUGCAAAUAAAUUUGACAACUUUUGAUUAAAAUACUUUUUAAAAAGAAACAAAUGGCCUAACUGACCCAAGAAGGGAAAGAAAAUAUAAACAGACUAAUAAAUACAAAAUGAAAUUCAGACACUUACAGAGCGGCCUGGCAUGGUGGCUCACACCUGUAAUCCUGUCACUUUGGGAGGCUGAGAUGGGAGGAUCACUUGAGGCUAGGAGUUUGAGACUAGCCUUGGGCAAGGCCCCCAUCUCUAAAAGAAAAUAAAUUAGCUGGGCAUGGUGGCAUGUGCCUUAGUCUCAGCUACUCAGGAGGCUGAGACACGAGGAUUGCUUGAGCCUAGGAGGGCAAGGGUGCAGUGAGUCAUGGCCACGCCACUGAAUUCCAGCCUAAGUGACAGAGCAAGACCUUUUCUCAAAAAAAAAAAAAAAAAAAAAAAAAAA